AUGACACCGGUCUCAUCUUCCACUGCUGCUGUGCUGAAGGGGUUCUCUAAACUCGUCAAGCUCGCGGCCAUCACUGGCGCUCCACUGUCCGCUGAGGUCGACGCUCAGCUGCACGCGCUUUUUGCGAAGAAGGUGCACCCUAUUGCCUACGAUGGCUUCGAGCCCUCAGGCCGCGUGACGCUCGCUGCCGCGGAUACACACGCGCUGCUCAACAACAAGUUUGGCGGUGAUCUCAAGAAGCUCCAGAGCGUCAGUCUCUACAUGGUCGAAGUGUGGAAAGCGCUCGGUCUCGACGCUGACAAGUCGCAACAUGUCGAGAUCAUGCUGGCGUCGACAGAGACGGCGCGUCAUGCUGGUGUCUACUGGUCACAGGUGCUGGACGCCGCGGGUCGCUUUACUGUCGAGCGUGUGCAGCAGUGUGCACCCAUCAUGGGCCGCAACGACAAUGAUACCGUGCACAACACGAACCGCAUUUUGUACCCACUCAUGCAGCUUGCUGACGGCUUCUUGCUGCAGGCUGACAUCUACCAGCUCGGAGCUGAUCAGGAGCGUGGCAAUGAACUAGUGCGCGAGUACGUCGCACAGAAGGAUCAACUGGACUCACCGGUUUUCCUCACGCACCCACUACUGCUCGGCUUGAAGCAGGAUCAGUUCAAGAUGACCACUACAGACGCCGAGUCUGCCAUCUACGUGGAUGACACGGCUGCAGAGGUUAAUGCCAAGAUCAAGAAAGCGUUUUGCGUACCCGGUGAGGUGGAAGGCAACCCGCUUGCAUCGGCAGGCUGUGUGUUCCGCUUCUGGGUGGCGGAUUGGUUUGCUAUGCUGAGCAACAAGGUGGGUGGCAACUUGGACAAGAUCCGACUCGUGGGUCAGUACAUCGUAGAGAUUUGGAAUCAUUGCUCGCCGCACCACCAUCGCUCGCACGCUGAAGUGCUGUACGAUCAUGGGCCGCAAGAAAAAGAAGGCAUGCAGGCUGCGCAGAUCCUCUACCCGCUGAUGCAGUGCGCUGACAUGUUCAGCGGGAAAGCUGAUAUUUGCCAGCUGGGAAUCGACCAGCGCAAGAUCAACAUGCUUGCUCGCGACUAUUGCGACCAGGCAAAGAUCCGCUUCAAGCCUGUCAUUCUGAGCCACCACAUGCUCAUGGGCCUCAAGGAGGGUCAGGAGAAGAUGUCGAAGAGCGACCCAGAGUCGGCCAUUUUUAUGGAAGAUGCGUCGGGCGACGUGAGCCGUAAGAUCGAGAACGCCUUUUGCCCGGAGGGGGUUGUGGCGGCGGAUCCGAUUCUGGAUUACAUGAAGCACAUUAUCUGUCCACGCUUUGGUGCUCAAGGCGUGAGAGUGAAGCUCAUGGACGAGACGGAGGAGACGUUUGCAAGUUAUCAGGAGCUUGAAGACGUCUUUGUUGCGCGUCAAAUCAGUGGCACCGGUCUCAAAGCGGCACUGGCCAAGUAUCUGAACGAAAUUCUGGAACCUGUCAGCGAGCACUUUUCAAGGGGUGACGCCCAAGAGUUGUCGGCCAAAGUGCGGUCGUUUCGCAUCACUAGGUGA